AUGUCGACCUCCAACAUGAAUUUUACGGAUCGGGCAUCCAAAUCCCUUUCCGAUGCAAUGGCAGUAGCCGAAAGCUACGGUCAUUCCCAACUGUUACCAUUACAUCUCGCCCUCUCCCUCCUCGACCCACCAGUCGACGAAUCAAAAGACCAAAAAGCAGCUGUCAAUGCCUCUCACGGUGCCGCAUCACAAUCUCUCUUCCGCCAGGUCGUCGAACGAGCUCAUGGAGAUCCUCAAGCCUUCCAGAGAGCCUUACAAAAGGCCAUCGUCCGAUUACCUAGUCAAGACCCUCCACCAGAACAAAUUUCAAUGGCACCAGCCUUCACAAAGGUGCUGAGAGAAGCUCAUGACCUGCAGAAGACCCAGAAAGACUCUUUUAUUGCCGUAGAUCAUUUGAUCAUGGCUCUAGUUCAGGACUCAACCAUCCAGAACUUACUGAAGGAGGGGAAUAUGCCAAAUACCAAACUUCUGCAAGACGCCGUCCAGCAGAUUCGCGGAACUAAGCGAGUCGACUCGAAGACUGCAGACGCCGAGGAGGAAAUGGAAAAUCUCAAAAAGUUCACAAUCGACAUGACAGCAUUAGCGAGAGAGGGAAAGAUGGAUCCUGUGAUUGGUCGAGAGGAGGAAAUCAGACGUGUGAUCCGAAUCCUGUCUCGAAGAACGAAGAACAAUCCCGUCUUGAUUGGAGAGCCAGGUGUAGGAAAGACCACUGUUAUCGAAGGGUUGGCACAACGCAUUGUCAACUUGGAUGUGCCAGACAACCUCGCUGCCUGCAAACUGUUAUCACUCGAUGUCAGUUCAAUUGUCGCAGGCAGUAAAUAUCGAGGAGAAUUCGAAGAACGAAUGAAGGGUAUAUUGAAGGAAAUCGAAGAGACCAAGGAGAUGAUUGUUCUCUUUGUCGACGAGAUGCAUCUUUUGAUGGGAGCUGGUCAGAGUGGAGAUGGUGGUAUGGACGCUGCCAAUAUGCUCAAGCCAAUGUUGGCUAGAGGUCAACUUCAUUGUAUUGGCGCAACGACUCUUGCAGAGUACCGAAAAUAUAUCGAGAAGGAUGCCGCUUUCGAGCGAAGAUUCCAACAAGUUCUUGUCAAAGAACCAACAGUCCCAGAAACCAUCUCAAUUCUGAGAGGGUUGAAGGAGAGAUUUGAGGUUCAUCACGGUGUCAACAUCUCCGACGGUGCUCUGGUUACUGCCGCUACUCUGGCUGCAAGAUAUCUCACCCAAAGACGACUACCCGACUCAGCUGUUGAUCUCAUUGACGAAGCAGCAGCCGCCGUUCGAGUUGCUCGAGAAUCACAACCCGAAAUUCUUGACUCUUUAGAUCGCAAGCUUCGACAACUGAAGAUCGAAAUCCAUGCAUUAUCCCGAGAAAAGGAUGAGGCAUCACAAGCUCGUCUCGACCAAGCCAAGAGAGAAGCUGGAAAUGUUGAGGAGGAGCUGAGACCUCUUCGUGAAAAGUACGAAAGCGAGAGAGCUCGUGGAAAAGCAAUUCAAGAGGCCAAAGUCAAACUUGACCAACUUCGUGUCAAGAUGGAAGAAGCCACUCGAACAGGCGACGACAGCAAGGCAGCUGACUUACAAUACUACGCUAUUCCUGAACAAGAGCAAUUCAUCAAGACCUUGGAGAGGGAAAAGAAGGCUGCUGAUGCUGCUCUAAGCUCUACCAGCAACCCGGAUUCUGGCGGAUCCCUGAUCACAGAUGUGGUUGGUCCUGAACAAAUCAACGAAAUCGUGGCUCGUGCUACUGGUAUUCCAGUCACUCGACUAAAGGCCACCGAGAAAGACAAGCUUUUGCAAAUGGAAAAGGUUCUUGGAAAGGUUGUUGUUGGUCAAAAAGAUGCUGUUAAAGCUGUUUCAAACGCCAUCAGACUGCAACGAUCGGGACUCAGCAACCCUAAUCAACCACCAAGUUUCCUCUUCUGUGGUCCUUCCGGAACUGGUAAGACUCUUCUGACCAAGGCUCUUGCUGAAUUCCUUUUCGAUGAUCCAAAAUCUAUGAUUCGACUCGAUAUGUCCGAAUACCAAGAACGUCACUCUCUUAGUCGAAUGAUCGGUGCACCACCAGGAUAUGUAGGCCACGAUUCGGGUGGACAGCUCACGGAAGCCCUUCGCCGAAAGCCAUUCUCGAUCUUACUCUUCGACGAGGUUGAGAAAGCAGCAAAGGAAGUCUUGACCGUUCUCCUCCAACUCAUGGAUGACGGUCGGAUCACUGACGGACAAGGACGUGUCGUCGAUGCACGAAACUGUAUCGUCGUCAUGACAUCAAACAUCGGAGCUGAAUUCCUUCAACAUAACACCUCAGCAAGCAGAAUCGACGACACUACCAAGAAGAUGGUCGAGAAGGCUAUGCAAGAUUAUUUCCUUCCGGAAUUUCUCAACCGUAUCUCCUCCACCGUCAUCUUCAAUCGACUUUCUCGCACCGAAAUCCGCAAGAUUGUCGAUAUCCGUCUUGUUGAAAUUCAAAGGCGUCUUGAGGCUAAUGGCAAGAACGUUACGAUCGAUUGCUCCUCUGCAGUCAGAGAUUUCCUUGGUGCUGCGGGGUACAAUCCUCAAUAUGGUGCCAGACCACUCGCACGUUUGAUUGAAAAGGAGAUCUUGAACCGUCUUGCAGUGCUAAUUCUUCGAGGUAGUAUCCGUGACGGGGAGACUGCUAGAGUGGUGAUGGAGGGGAACCGAGUGGUGAUUCUACCUAACCACCAGGAGAGUGAGGAGAGUAGUAGUGAGGAUGAGAUGGAUGUUGAUGAUGUUCUGGAUCCGGAGACAGAAGAUAUCAGUCUGUAUGACUGA